AUGGGAUUGACUUUAUCGCAAUCGGGUGAAAUUCAUCUCGAUUGCACGUCCUACAUCAUAACCCUAGCCACCGUUGGCUUGCUGUUUGCCGCAGCAUUGGCAAACGGUGAAACCCAACCGAACGGCGUAGGAUCGGUGGUCUUCACCAAGCUCGACUCGCUGCCCUCAACCCGCAACACAUCCGCUCCGGUGGAGCGAACGAAUCGCACCACCCCGGAGGAAGUGGCGAAAGUACGCCCGGCCUACACCCGUACUGAGCUGAAGGUCUCCCGAAGCCUCAACCCGGACAACGUGCAGAAACUGAACGUGCGCUCUAACAAUGGGCGCAUGGUACAGAUUAUCGUCAAGAAGCGCAACGGAAUGGAACUGCCGGCCGGAACUAUCACCGUGACACCGAGCUCUACCACCGGCACUACCAACCAGGGUGUUUCCUUUUCUUUCUCACCACCACCGCCAGGCCAGAGUCACGUGACACCGGCGCGAAUUGCCGGAAACUAUCGCUUGUCAGCUGACUCGGCACCGGAAUCGGUGGACAUUAUCAACGCUUUCCUGGAGCACGUGAAUCGGAUUGAAAGACCGCCACGUUCGUUCUACGACGAUGAUCAUGGUGCGAUGAAGAAUGAUCGUCGUCCGGUGCGCAUAAAGGUGAGCGAUGAAACGGUUCAGGAGAGUCGUGUUCCUCCACCGGUGGUCAUCAGUUCGGACCCGGUGUACAUGAAGGACAAUGGUGCAGUAAAGACACAGAAGCGUGGUCGUUCGAUGCAGGAAAUUGGUGCCGAUGGUAUACCGGUGGUGCAUGGUAUUCGUGUGCCGGAUGACGAGUCCGAUAAGCGUCAGGUGUGGCGUAAUGCUCGUGUCAUCAAUGGUGAGCUGGUACCGUACGAGAAGGGACAUGUGCCGACAAAGUUGGAAAACAGUGGAGACAUCUACGGACAGCUGAUCUUUGCCAAGCCGUCCGGAAAUGGUGGACGCUCGAACUUUGGAUCUCGACAGCGCAGCAUCGGCCCAUUUACGACUGCCGACAACUUCCAGCCGAACGAUGGACUGGCCAAGAGCUUUGGACCGUUUAGUGUGGAGGAUAAUCUUCAUACGGGAUCAAUUGCGAUCAAUUCCAACCCGCCCAAAGUGUCGGGCAAUAUUGGACCUUUCUCGCGUGCGGAUAACUCACGUCCGGUACCUAAUGGUCGGUUGGUGGAGUAUCUGCGUAAAAUCAACGAGGAAGAAAGUCGUAAGCACUAUCCGCAGAUUCUGAGCCGCGCCAACUUUAAGGAGGAUGCGCUAGCCGAACAACCCAAGAUACAGCGGCGUAUGCUGCAGAAUCCAGGCAAUCCUAAUUACCCUGUAUCUCAGCUGUACUCCAUCAACGGUCCAGCUGCACAGAACCAAGAGAAAGAGCUAGAAGACACCCGUAAGCCCGUGCUCCAGUACGCACAUCCCGAGCUCGGUGUGCAGCCAGCGAAAUCCGUCCCACCAGAGCGCAAACCCACCAAGGCGAUGAAAAAGAUCAUGAACGUGCAGGACUACUACAGCAAGGCUGCACACAACGAUCACUCACCGUACGCGAUCGAACCGGCGAUGAGCAGCAAGGACUACUACGAUCCACCACAACCGGUUAAGAUGCCCCGGCCACCGCAGUACGAAAACUUCAAAGGUCCCUCGACGUAUCCGUACAACUACGGCUACAUUCGGCGCGUCAAGCACGAGCGGCCAUUUUGGGCCAAAAUUACCGACCAGAUGCGGGAAGGGCUACAGAGUGGGAUUUCCACCGUGCAGGAGUUCACCAAACCCGUCCUGGAGCCCAUCGUCGAGGCCGGACAGAAAAUCUCCAAAAAUCUCGGACUGGUACGAAAGACUGACGAGGCUCAGGACAAGGUUGGCGUGGUGGUGGCACCAGCUACAAAUUCAAUUAUACUCCCGGCUCUAGGGCUGAUGGCGGGUGGCGCUGCGCUUGGGCUCGGUGCCGUUGCUGUGGGUCGUUUUUUCGACAUGGGCCUGCUGCGAAGAUCGGGCAGCGAGCUAUUUCCCAUCGAUCUGGACGAUCUGGAGCACAAGCGUGCGUUGGAAGCGAUCCAGCAGCAGCAGCAGCAGCGAUAUCAGGAUCAGUACGAUGUCAUGAUCAUGAACUCACCGAACGAACGGGAGAUUGCGAGACGCUCGAAGCGUUCGAUCACGGCACGGAACCCUUUCGAAGAGCAGGGUCUGCAGGAUGUGGGACGUGAGUCUAGCAGUUCGUCGAGGGCACGCUUUGAGCAGCAGCUACGGGACACCGACUGGAAGAAUCCUUCCUGUGCCAAGCUUACCUUCUGCCGCGUAAUGAUCCAACAAGGCGCCGACGAUAUCGUGCUGAUGGAGAAGAAGAUGUACACCAUGCUGGAUAUGAUGCACCCAGCACUGGCCGCUAGCCUCACCGACCAUCUGUCAGAAGUGACUGACGCCAUCAGACAGAAUGACUGCACACGAUUCGUUUGCCAGCAGCAGCAAACACGAUCCUAA